AUAUGUCCCCGUUAUUUCUCUUGCUAGUGGUUGGCAUUAGUGCUGAACAACUCCUCGAAAAACCAUAUUACGACUUGAGCGAUGCCCACAACCAUUUCAAAAAUUUCGUUCAGAAACAUGGUAAGACAUACGAUCCCGAAGAGUACUUGAAAAGACUCGCGAUUUUCACUGAAAAUUUAGCAGACAUCAAUGAACGCAAUGCCAUGUUUCCGCAAACCGUAUUUGACGUGACACGGUUUGCUGAUAUGACACCCGAAGAAAUAAAAGCUGGUUAUGGUAUGAAAAUGCGUGGUGAAGAUAUAGAUAAAAUAGCGAUUGAGCUUCGUCUUCGUCCCGAGGAGAUCACGGCCCCAGAGCAGUGGGACUGGAGGGAUCAUGGAGCGGUCACUCACGUCAAAAAUCAAGGCGAAUGCGGUAGUUGUUGGAUCUUUAGCGCUAUUGGUGCUAUUGAAAGCCAAUAUGCCAUCAAGCACAACCAGAGUCUCGCCUUUUCUGAACAGCAGGGCUUGGACUGUAUAAAAUUUCUAGGGAAUAAUUGUGCUGGAGGAUAUCCAGACAUAGUAGCGGCUUACCACAAAAAAAUUGGCGUUGUCCCAGAGAAAGAUUACCCGUACACAGGAAAGCCAUCAACAUGUACCGAGGAUCCUAAGAAGGUCGUGACCAAAGUCACGGGUUUCGUAGUAUAUAAGACGAAUGAAGAAACAUUGAAACAGCUUGUAUAUGAAAAGGGGCCGUUGUCAGUAGCUCUUGAUCCCGCGGACUUCCCCACCUAUCACUCGGGGAUACUAUACCCCAAAAACUGCAAAGACUAUAUUUGUCAUGCUGUGUUGUUAGUCGGUUAUGGUGUAGAAAACGGUACCAAGUAUUGGAUCCUCAAAGAUUCUUAUGGCCCUGAAGUCAGAGACCAGGGCUACGUCAAGCUGGUCCGAGGAAUCAACGCGUGUUCCAUGGGAACCGAAUAUUCUAUGUCUUGCACUGUUGAAUGAUAUUGUAUUUCAUGCUUGGAGGGAUGUCACACACACAACAAUA